UUAUCAACGAUAAUGCUGUUUUUGUUCAGUGUUUUGUUUAAAAACAAAGUCAACAUCUUGGUCGCAACAUUCAGCAUUCCAAAAAUUAUUCAAAUGAUUUCAAAUAUGUUAAGUUUUCGUGAAAGAUUACUAAAAAAUUUAGAAAAAGUCGAAGAUAGUAAUAUUCGCCAACUGAAUCCAGACAAAACGGAUGACGAAAUUGAGGAUGUUCUUUUUCAACGAUAUCAAAAUGAAAUCAACUCUAUUGGGAAGCUCAAGCGGUCGAUUGAAAAAUCCCACCAAUCUGCGUCCUAUCGUUUUAUUCCGCAGUUCCAUUUCGAGCUUCCUAGGAACACUGAUGGGCUGGCUCAAAAGCUUCGAGAGGAAGCCAGAACGCUGUUCCUCCAGAAGCGCAGCAAAGAAUUGUUGGACAACAACGAGUUGAAAAUGCUUUGGAGUCUUCUGGAGAAGCACCAUUCUCCGCCACUGAUGGGCGAAGAGCAAUACAUUAACUAUGAGAACUACUGUAAGGUGGCCACAAUAGCUGGCGAAAAGUUUAAGCGCUAUUUGACUGCUUCAACGUUUGCUCGGUUGUUAGUUUCCAGCAGCUAUCCAGGAAAGAUCAGUGUCAUGUCCUUGUUCAACUAUGCCAUGCGAAAGGUUUGGCUGCAGCAAACGAGAAUUGGACUAUCCCUGUACGAUUACACUGGACAAGGCUACUUGCACGAAUCGGAUUUGGAAUCGUACAUUUUGGAACUGAUACCGACCUUUCCCCAGUUGGAAGGACUUGAGAAGUCGUUCCAUAGUUUCUACGUCUGCACAACUGUUAGGAAAUUUUUCUUUUUCCUUGAUCCGCUGAGAACGGGGCGGAUCCGGAUACGAGAUAUAUUGACGUGCAGUUUUCUUGACGAUUUGUUGGAACUGCGGGAUGAAGAAAUUCCCAAGGAUGCCCAAGAGAUGAAUUGGUUUUCAGCGCCAUCGGCCUUGAGCGUCUACGGGCACUACUUGAACUUGGACAAGGAUCAUAAUGGAAUGCUCAGCAAAAAGGAACUGAUUGGUUAUGGAUCUGGAACGCUUACACCUAUCUUCCUAGAUCGAGUGUUUGCCGAAUGUUUAACAUACGAUGGCGAGAUGGACUAUAAAACAUAUUUGGAUUUUGUUUUGGCCCUGGAGAAUCGUUCCGAACCGCAAAGUUUGCAUUAUCUUUUCCGCAUCCUGGACGUCGAGCACAAAGGCUAUUUGACUGCAUUUACUUUGAACUAUUUUUUCAAAGGGAUUCAAGAUGAAAUUUCCGCACAUCGAGCGGAACCGGUCAACUUUGCCGACGUGAAGGACGAAAUUUUCGACAUGGUCAAACCAGCCGACCCCUCUAGAAUCACCCUGAAAGAUCUGAUCAACAGUGGCCAUGGGGAAACGGUCGUAUCGAUACUGAUCGAGUUCCACAAGUUUUGGGCCUACGAGAAUCGCGAAGUGAUGGUCACCGACACCCAAACGAGCGAGGAAACUCACAACUUAUGAUAUCAGGAGGUACUCCCGCAUGCAGCGAAUGAGUUUGACGAUGAAAUCGUGACAUCUUUUUGAAUCUCCAUGUUUAAAAUUUUGUAAAAUGUUGAAAAAGUGCCUUUAAAAACAUUUUGCUAUGUUCAAUAUUUUAAACUGAGAAAGUUCGUGUAUCAAUCCGUAACAAAUUCUAUUCCUAAACCGGAAAAUUGUAAUCAUGAGCAGUAUGAACUAGGUAAAAGCGAUAAUUGGAAAUCAACCAGGAAUAAGAUCUUCAAAGUCGGCCAUUUACACCGCUCGGGGUGUAAUAAACCUUUUGACCGAAUAAUGAAUAAAUCGCUUAAUGCCAAUGGUCAAACAGUGUAUCGUGCACGUGUGCAACUAAAACUUUGUCUCAAUUGUAUAUUGGAAAUUGCCGAUUAAAAGUGUUUUACGAAAGCGCGAAACAUAGUAACAAA